GCGCUCCAAGGCGGCCGCACACGUCGAGCUCGAUUAAUUUCUCCGGUAUCAUCCGGUCUCCAGCUUCCCCUGUUUUUUUCGUCCACAAACCACAAAGCCCACAAAGCAGAGUGCGAUCGAGAGCAAGAGAGAAGAAGAGGAGCGGUUGUUUUGCAGAUGGAGAGAGGCGACGGAGCAGCAGCAGGAGGAGGAGGGAUGGGGCCGCGGGGCGCGCCGGCGGCAAUGCUGGGCAUGGGGAUGCAACAGUUCGUGUCGCAGCCGCACGCCGCCGCCCCCGUGUUCCAGCAGCCGGAGCACCUCCACGGCGGCGUCUUCGGCCAGCACCACCACCAACCCGUUCCGGCGCCGGCGAGGCAGCAGCCGCCGUCGUACUCGCCUUAUCCGGCGGUGCCGGUCAGGGCGGGAGGAGGCCAUCACGAAGAGGAAGCCAUGGGCCACGGCGCCGGGAACGAUGGCGUCGCGGCGCAGCAGCAGCAGCAGCCGGGGGGCCUCUGGUCGCGGAUGAAGUGGACGGACGCGAUGGUGCGCCUGCUGAUCAUGGUGGUGUACAACGCCGGGGAUGACGGGGAGGGCGCCGUGGCCGCCGCCGUUGGAGGAGGAGGAGGAGGAGGAGGAAGCAGGGCGGCGGCGCAUGGGCACGGGCAUGGGUCGGCGACGGCGGCGGCGCACGCGCAGCAGAAGAAGGGCAAGUGGAAGUCGGUGUCGCGGACGAUGGGGGAGCACGGCUUCACAGUGUCCCCGCAGCAGUGCGAGGACAAGUUCAACGACCUCAACAAGCGGUACAAGCGCGUGGUGGACCUGCUGGGCAGGGGCAAGGCGUGCGCCGUGGUGGAGAGCCCCGCGCUCCUGGACGCCAUGGACGAGCUUCCCCCCCGGGCCAAGGAGGAGGCCCGCAAGCUGCUCAGCUCCAAGCACCUCUUCUUCCGCGAGAUGUGCAACUACCACAACUCCCCCCACCCCCACGCCGCCGCCGCCGUUACGGUCGCCUCGCACCACGGCGCCGCCGUCCACGACCACGAGGGCGCCGCAGCAUGCUUCCACCACCCGCAGCCGGUGGCAUGUGCCUCGUCUGCUGCCGCUCUCCAUGCUCUGGCUCCUUCCCCGGCGAUGAUGAACUCCUCCACGCGCACAGAAGGGGAUGAGGAGGACGACGACAGCGAGAACGCGCACCCCCGAACAAGCAACGAGGUUGAAGAGAUGGACGAAGAAGACGUCCUGGACGACGAAGAGGAGCAGGCGCCGGGGAUCAAGAGCAAGCACCGCCGCUUCCACAGCCUCAACAGCAACGGGUUCCCCAAGCGCCGCCGGGGCGAGAGCAGCACGAUGGAAGCAGAAGAGGACGGGAACAACAACGACAACACGGGGGCGGGCGAGGGGGAGGCGCCGUCGUCCGCGGGCGUGCAGCAUCUCCAGAGCGAGCUGGCGGCCGCGGCGGGCGGCGGGGACCCGGAGCAGGCGCGGCGGUGGAUGCGGCGGCGCGCGCUGGCGGUGGAGGAGCAGCUGCUGGCGUGCGACUACCGCGAGUACAAGCUGCACCGCCAGCGGCUCAAGUGGGAGCGCUUCUGCGCGGGCAAGGAGCGCGAGAUGGAGCUGGCCAAGCUGAGGAACGAGCGCGCCCGCAUCGACGGCCGACGCAUGCUGCUCAUGAUCCAGCACAAGGAAAUGGACCUGCUCAGGGGCUCCUCAACCGCCGGCGAGGCCUGCAACAACUCCUCCUCUGUUGACCACAACCCGCGCCAGACCCCGCCGUUCUCCGCCUUCCAGCAGCAGCAGCAGCUCGGCUCCAGCCCCUCCACCGCCGGCGGCCACCACAGCUAGGAGGAGAAGACCAAACAGCGCAGCUCCUCCCAUCGCAUGCAUAUCUUUGCUUUCCAUUAAUUCCUAGUAGUAAUCAGCAGUAGAUGACCGUGUUUUAUUGAGAAGAUUUUCAGCAUCGUUUCUAGUCUAAUGCAGUCAGUCAAAGUUCGUCAGUUUGUGAGCCUAGCUCGUGUCAGGUCAGACUUAUAUAAUAUGGAUUUCUUUCUGUUCCUUCUUGGUAAUGGGUGACAAUAUUUGAACUUUGGUAAACCGGGAAUAAAGAUGUGGUAAUUAUGUGGUUUAAA